UACUCUUCAUCACCUUGUCCUAAAUUCCAUCACUGCCACUCUUCCUAAUACAGCACCAAUUCAAAUUAUAGCUAGAGCAAAAGAAUAUGGCUAAGUCCAUCUACUUGUUCUUGGCUCUAACUCUGCUUGAUUUUGCACCUCUUUGCUUCUCUCACAACUCCUAUGGGGGCUACCUCUACCCUCAGUUCUACGACCGGUCGUGCCCCCGAGCACAAGAGAUCGUUAGGUCGGUUGUUGCAAAGUCUGUCGCUAAAGAAGCCCGCAUGGCUGCUUCACUUGUUAGGCUUCAUUUCCAUGACUGCUUCGUCAAGGGGUGUGACGCGUCGAUACUUUUGGACAGCACGGGAAGUCUAGUCAGCGAGAAGAGGUCGAAUCCUAACAGGAAUUCAGCUCGCGGGUUCGAAGUGAUUGAUGAGAUUAAAUCAGCGCUGGAGAAAGAGUGCCCUCAGACCGUUUCGUGUGCUGAUAUCAUGGCUCUUGCUGCUAGGGAUUCCACAGUUCUUGUUGGUGGGCCUAGUUGGGUGGUUCCAUUGGGAAGAAGGGACUCAAAAGGUGCUAGUUUGAGUGGAUCAAACAACAAUAUUCCUGCCCCUAACAACACUUUUCAGACCAUUCUCACCAAGUUUAAGUUGCAAGGACUGGACAUUGUUGAUCUUGUUGCAUUAUCUGGAAGCCACACCAUAGGAAAUUCAAGAUGUGCCAGCUUCAGACAAAGGCUCUACAACCAAUCAGGCAACUCACAGCCCGACUUCACGCUCGAUCAAUCCUACGCUGCUCAGUUGAGGGCACGUUGUCCGAGGUCUGGUGGCGAUCAGAACUUGUUCUUCUUGGACUUUGUCUCCCCAACAAAAUUUGACAACAGCUACUUCAAGAAUCUGUUGAGUUUCAAGGGACUGUUGAGUUCAGACCAGGUGUUGGUGACCAAGAAUCAGGCAUCAUUGGAGCUUGUGAAGAUGUAUGCUGAGAGCAAUGAGCUUUUCUUUGAGCAGUUUGCAAAGUCAAUGGUUAAGAUGGGGAAUAUCUCACCAUUGACAGGCUCAAGGGGAGAAAUAAGGAAGAAUUGCAGAAGGAUUAAUGCUUAGUCGAAUAGUAAUCAUUAAGAAUGGAGUGCAAGUGUUUCUUGUCUUUUUCUAUUUCAAUUGUUUUGUUAAUGUUAUGAGGUGUGUGUAUAUGUGUGGUGGGAUACGAAGAAGUAUUUUGGUUAUGGUAAUGAACAUCUUGUGUCCAUUUUCUUGCAUCAGUCCUAUGAUUUUAUGGAGCUAUUAUA